GAGCGGGCGCGGCGUCAAGUGCAGCUUGGACUCACGGACCUGGCCCAUUUACAUUUCAUUCCUUCUUCCAUCUGUGUCCAUCUGUGUUCCGCAUGGAGGAGCAGGACAACACUGCUGGGAAGAAACUGCUGCACGGGACCCGAGCAGAAGCUCCAGGAACGAAAAGCUGGCAGUCACAGGCCUACACCCUUGGGGCGAUUUCCAACUUUAUGUCUACUUUCCUGACCUUUCCUAUCUAUAAGGUUGUGUUCCGGCAGCAGAUCCAUGCUGUGGCCGUGUCAGAGGCUGUGAAACAGCUUUGGCAUGAAGGCCCUCAGUACUUCUACCGGGGCAUCUACCCUCCUCUUCUCUCCAAGACCCUCCAAGGGACUCUGUUGUUUGGCACUUAUGAUAGUUUGCUGUGCUUUCUUUCCCCGGUUGGGCCGCACUCCCUCGGACAGCGCUGGACUGCGGGGCUCAUGUCAGGUGUAGUAGAAGCUGUAGCACUCAGCCCCUUUGAAAGAGUACAGAAUGUGCUUCAAGAUGCUCGAAAGCAAGCUUGCUUCCCUAGCACCUUCAGCAUUCUCAAGGAAUUCAAUUCUUACGGGCUCUGGGGCAGGCUGUCACUGGGCUAUUAUCGGGGUUUCUGGCCAGUCCUUGUCAGAAACAGCCUGGGAAGCGCUCUCUAUUUCUCCUUCAAAGAUCCUAUCCAGGAUGGCUUGGCAAGGCAAGGCCUGCCCCACUGGGUUCCUGCCUUGGUGUCUGGUAGUGUCAAUGGAACAAUCACCUGCCUGAUUCUGUAUCCUCUGAUGGUGCUAGUUGCCAAUAUGCAGUCUCAUAUUGGAUGGCAGAGAAUGCCAAGCCUGUGGGCCUCUGCCCAAGAUGUGUGGGACACUCGAGGUAGAAAAAUCCUGCUGAUUUAUAGAGGAGGAUCCCUGAUCGUCCUCAGGUCCAGUGUGACAUGGGGCCUCACUACUGCUAUCCAUGACUUCUUGCAGAGAAAGGCUCACACCAAGAAAGAGAUGACAGACUGACUAAAGGAAGUGUGGCUAUGGUCUCUUCUAAGUCUUUCCGUGGUGGUCGUGUAGAGUAUAUUUCUUUGGCUUGGUUAUCUGAAACAACCACGAUCUAUAAACUGUCACUGCAUGGGAGAAGCCCCUAACUUUCCACCUCUUAGUCACAGACAAAGAGACAAAGCCUACCAGGAUUCCUUGGCCAAAGAAAGUCUCCCUAGUCUAUAUGCAGCAUAGGUAGCCUCAGAACCUGAAGCCUUUGAGUAAGCCUUUAAAAAAGCUGUAGCCCAGAUUCAAGGUCAUGCCUUCAAGGAAUCCUUUUUUUUUUUUUUUAAUAAGAGGAAACUUUAAAAGAAGACUCUGCUCAGUACUGUAAAUCUGGGGUCCUUCUGUGUGUCCUACUGACCAAACUGAGUAGAACUCCAAGCUCAAGGAACUACACUAGACUUUGAGGACAACUUCAGAGAUGCCUAUAUUUUAGUGACAUUUAUCACUGCCGCUACCACAGCCAUUCUCACUUCCAAGUUAUAGGUUCCAUUGUCAGGGAAUCUGCUUUGAUUACAAACCCUAGAAUAGGCUCACUUCCACCCAUCAGAUGCCACAAGAACUGAUGAUGCUGAACAUGGGGCUGAGAAAACAAUUGGUGCCUGGAUAGAAGGAAAAAUGCUUUGAAGCAAGAAAUUUAAUUAAUUUAAUUAUAUGCCAAAUAGAGAAAAUAUUAUUAUAGGUAGUUUGGCACAAUCAUAUAUAUAUAUAUAUAUAUAUAUAUAUAUAUAUAUAUAUAUAUAUAUGAUUAUGUUACCUUUAAGUUUCUACAAAAAACCUGGAACUAGCAUGAACAUAUCUCUUCACAAUUAAUUGCUAAUUCUGUUGAUAUGGACAGCUAUAUAGUAUAAUGAUCUUAGCCUGCCAUUCAGAGCCAUUGUCAAUAUGGACCCCAUAUAACUUUAUACAUAUUAUUACCCCACAUGCAUGGACAGCUUAAUCCAGCCAAAUGCAGUGUUUUUCACUCCCCAAACACUCCAUGAACUUACUCAAGGCCAUACUCUGCCCCACAACAUUUUCUCCACUUGCACUGCCCUCCCCCAAUAAAAGGUCUCCAAUUUACAAAAGUCUAGCUCCAAUGCCACUGUCUGUAUGGACCCCCUUCUCUACCCCCAAAACUGAAUGUGACAUUAAUUUUGUGAUAUUCUCUUUAGAAGAUCAUCAACAUGCACUGAUCCCAUUAUGUCACUGGUCCCAUGUGGUCCUAAUGUUCUUGCUGUUCUUCAAUACCUCCAACUAGUCUGUAAACUUCUUAAAAGCAGGGAUUCUUGUAUGCAUUUUUAAAUCCUCCAUUGUGCCUAGGUGCUCAAUAAAGUUGGUGAAUUAUGGAAUUGAUUAUGAAGCUGUGAUAUGGUCUCUAUCCUCAGGGUGCUAUCCCUAUCACAUGAAGAUAAAGUCACUGACUCAUUGUCAACAAGACACAUGCCAUUGGGGUGUGCUUGUUUUCUUUUAAUAGUGGAUUUAGUUUUGUGCUAAUUAUGAUGCCAAUAACAAUAACAAUGAUAAUAAAAUGAUGGUCAAACACAAUA